AUGAGAGGUAAGGGAGGGAAAUACAAGCCCCCUUGGUGGUUAGAAGAACUAGAGGCUCAGAAGCUCGAGAUAAUAAAAUUGCAUCAUCGCAUACAGGAGGCAAAGAGACGCGGUCUAGCCAUAGAGGACUUAGUUCAGCAACACAUGACUCUCAAGGCAGCAUAUGCACAAAACUUAAGAGCUGAGUCCACAAGAAGCUUUAGGGAUUUUUGCAGCCUUCAAACCAAGGAGAAUGUCUGGUCCCUGACUAAUAGACUAUUAAAAGAGUCCACUGCUAGACGCCCACCUACCACCUUAAAAAUAAAUAAUAAGUUCACUGCGGACAAUUAUGAAACUGCAACUGCACUGCUUAACCAUUUUUAUCCUCCUGAUCUACCAGACACUGACCCCCGUCAUCACGAGCUGACUGCCCACCUCGAUGACACUUUGGACACCAAUGAUGAACCACCCUUCACUUCAGAGGAGGUGCUGGAGCACUUGAGUCUAAUGAACCCCAAUAAGGCUCCCGGGACAGAAUUAGAGAAAGCGAUAAACAAGAAGGGACUCUCCAAAGAAAGCAUAGAGGAGAUAAAGACACCAAUAGCUUUAGACGAAACUGUAGUUGAAUAUACAGAGUGUAUCUUAGAAGCCUGUAAUAAAAUAAUUCCAAUAAUAAAAAGGAAGCAAAUGCCUAAGGCAGCGAAAUGGUGGAACGCCGAAUUAAAAGAGAAAAAGGACGAAAUGAUUAGAAUCAGAAGAAGAAUAAAGAACGCACACCCAAAACGGAAAAAUCACGUCAUACAACAAUACCUGAUUGCCAAAGAGGAGUACACAAGGAAUAUAGAAAGAGCUUCUACAAAGAGCUGGAAGGAAUUGUGUACCAAGGAAGAAAAAGAAACUAUCUGGCAACGAACGUAUCGCAUCUUAAAAGUCUGCACGAACAGGGAGGAAGACAAACUACUGAGGGACCAAAAUGGGGAACUCUUAUCGACAAAAGAAUCAGCAGUUCUUCUAGCUAAAACAUUUUACCCAGAUGAUAAUAGUAACACGGACACAGAAGAACAGACAGAAAUAAGGGAGAAAGUAAAAAGAAUUUAUUACUCAGAUUAA